CGUAAUGAACUUGAAAAAAAAAAGACACAUCUGCUACAGCACAAAUAAUGGGAAAGGAUGGAUGGAUUGCUUUCAAUUUUAAAUGCAUUGGAGUUGAAAAUUGAAUUUGCACUUCAUUUCUCGCUUAUCUAUUGAAAAUGUUUCUGCAGCCACUCCGGAACAGCGCAUGUGUUCUAAUCACUGGUUAGUUGAAUGGCUUAGCUUCCUACUUUACCAUUCAAGAUUUUCCAAUCACUUUAACAUAAAACGCUAAACCAUGACGACGUUCGCCAACAAGCUUUCAACGAUGAAUGCAAUUGAAAGAGACUUUGAAAAUUUUUUCAGUUACUGUACCAAGCAAGGAUUUUCUACAACACAAAUGCUUGAUAUAUGUCAACCUCUAUUCCAACAACAACGAAAGGUGAAGACAAAGCGGUUCCUGUUUCUCACAACACUUGUCUUAAUUGUUUAUUGCUUUUAUAAUUGGUGCGACUCUUGCGCCUGGUUUUUAAGUGCCAUUGGACGUUUGCUACUUAUUCAAUUGCUACCAUAUUGGAACUGGGCUCCACUCUACAAUGGCAAAUGUUUGAUUGAACGUCCAUUUCAAGAAACAACAACUAAUUCAUUACCACGUUUAGGACGACAUGAAACCGACGUUGAUAAUUGUGCACUCUGUGAAAUGCUCGAUAGUAUACCAACGACCUCGAAUACUACAUUUUCGUAUAUGGAAGCAAAAUAUCUAGAACGUGGCUUACCAGUAAUAAUAACAGAUUCUCAUGAUGAACAAACACUUGAUUGGUUGCUUGAAAAAAUUCAAAAUAAUCCUCAAGAUUUUUUAUCGAGCGAUCCUUGCGAUAUAGGCACAAACCUCAUGCUGAAGAAAUUCUUCAACCUUGACGUGGCAAUACAAAAAAUUAAAUCUAAUAAUUCUAUGACUAAGUGGUUCUUGCAAUUCCGUAACUGUAAGUUUAAUGCUGUAAAAGCAUCUCGUAUGUUUGUUACGCGUCCCUACUACUAUCCAUUGCAUCUCGAACCAUUUUACUCUAGUUGGAUACUCAUUUCACAGGACUAUGUUAGUGCAAAUCGUGAAAUAUAUUUACAGGGUUUGAUAUUUGUGCAACAAUUAAGUGGAUUCUUCGAAUUCCAUCUACGACCUAAACAACCAUGUGGAUUCAGUUGUCCAACUAUUGAUAUACGUUUAAGUGCUGGCGAAUGUUUAGUUUUCUCCACAGAUUUGUGGGUAUUCAGCUAUGAAAUGUUGGAAAGUAAGAAUAACAGCAUUUCAAUCGCAACAAUUUUGGAGAUCGAUUGGCAUUUAUAAAUAAAAGUAUAAAAAUUUGAAAAGAAAGAUAUG